AUGCUUCGUUCAAUACCCGCUAGGCGUGCUAUUCGCACAAUUGGUAGCAAUGCGAAAUGGAUGGAUGUCGCUGGUGCUAGGGGUUUGUCGAACCGGGUGAAGGCGGCGGGCGGUAUUAUGGUUGAGAAGAAGGGUACGAGGGCGCAAGCUACUGCUGCUCCUCAAGCUGCUAGUCAAGUUAGAGAAAGUCCAAGUCCAGCAUUUAAUACCACAUCUUCGAAAAAGGAUUCAGGCAAGGAAUUGGCAGGGCAGGGACAAAAAUACUCGGAGAUGGAUGAGUCAUUUAUCGGCAUGACUGGUGGAGAGAUCUUCCAUGAAAUGAUGUUACGGCAAGAUGUCAAACACAUCUUCGGUUACGCAGGAGGAGCGAUUUUACCAGUUUUCGAUGCGAUUUACAACUCAAAACACUUCGAAUUUAUCUUGCCAAAACAUGAACAAGGUGCUGGACAUAUGGCGGAAGGGUAUGCCAGAGCUUGUGGUAAACCUGGUGUUGUUCUCGUUACAUCUGGACCUGGUGCUACCAACGUUAUCACUCCAAUGCAGGACGCUUUAUCUGAUGGAACACCAAUGGUUGUUUUCACCGGACAAGUCGUUACAACUGCUAUUGGAAGUGAUGCUUUCCAAGAGGCCGAUAUCAUUGGUAUCUCGAGAGCUUGCACAAAAUGGAACGUUAUGGUCAAGAAUAUUGCCGAGCUCCCAAGAAGAAUCAAGGAGGCUUUCGAAAUCGCUACUUCUGGAAGACCUGGGCCAGUUUUGGUAGAUUUACCAAAGGAUGUCACAGCUGGUAUUCUACGAAAGGCCAUCCCUUCCCACCACAUUAUGCCAUCUUUACCCAGUCAAGCCUCGAGAGCGGCCCAGGCUGUUCAAAAGAAACAACUUGCAGGUUCAAUUGAACGUGUUGCAAAAUUGAUCAACAUCGCCAAAAAGCCAAUCAUUUAUGCUGGUCAAGGUGUUAUCUCUACUCCAGAGGGUCCCAGAUUGCUCAAGGAGCUUGCUGAAAAGGCAUCCAUCCCUGUCACAACAACUCUCCAAGGUCUUGGUGGGUUCGACGAGCUUGAUGAGAAGUCUUUACAUAUGCUUGGUAUGCACGGUUCUGCAUACGCUAACCUCUCCAUGCAAGAAGCCGAUCUCAUCAUUGCUCUUGGAGCACGUUUCGAUGAUCGUGUGACUGGAAGCAUUCCAAAGUUUGCUCCAGCAGCAAAGGCAGCAGCAGCUGAAGGUCGUGGUGGCAUUGUUCACUUUGAAAUUAUGCCAAAGAACAUCAACAAGGUUGUUCAGGCUACCGAGGCUGUUGAAGGUGAUGUUGUUACCAACCUUGCUCAACUUCUUCCAGCCGUUGACAAAAAGUCCAUGGAUGAACGCAAAGAAUGGUUCGAUCAAAUUAGAUUCUGGAAGGAGAAGUUCCCUCUUUCUCACUACGAAAAGGCCGAACGUGAUGGUCUUAUCAAGCCACAAACUUUGAUCGAGGAACUCUCAAAUUUGACCGCUGAUAGAAAACAAGAGACCAUCAUCGCUACAGGUGUCGGCCAACAUCAAAUGUGGACUGCACAACAUUUCAGAUGGAGAUAUCCAAGAACUAUGAUCACAUCUGGUGGUCUUGGUACCAUGGGUUACGGUCUUCCAGCGGCUAUCGGUGCAAAGGUCGCCAAACCCGAUGCUCUUGUCAUCGAUAUCGAUGGAGAUGCAUCGUUCAACAUGACACUUACUGAGCUCUCCACUGCAGCUCAAUUCAACAUCGGCGUCAAGGUCAUUGUCCUUAACAACGAAGAGCAGGGAAUGGUCACUCAAUGGCAAAACAUCUUCUAUCAGGACAGAUACGCUCAUACUCACAGUGUCAACCCAGAUUUCAUGAAAUUGGCAGAUGCAAUGGGUGUACAACACAGAAGAUGUAUCAAGCCAGAUGACGUAAGAGAUUCUUUGAAAUGGUUGAUUGAUAGUGAUGGACCAGCACUCUUAGAGGUUGUUACCGACAAGAAGGUACCAGUCUUACCAAUGGUACCAGCCGGAAAUGCUUUACAUGACUUCUUAGUCUACGAUCCAGUGAAAGACAAAGAAAGAAGAAAGAUGAUGAAAGAGAGAACAUGUGGGUUACAUGGAUAAAUACCUUGUUUCUCUUCGUGUAACUCUUUUCUUUACAUAAAUAACUUUUUACUACAACUUUUUACAUAAAUGAGGGUAUCUCAUAGUUGAUAUCUGGGCGUCUUUUUUUCCUGCUGGUAUGCAUCAUGGGCGGAAAAGCGAAACAAUUCAAAAGUAUUUUCGUUUUCGUUGAAUAGGGUGGUUCUGGUUUUAGCCUGGCUUUCAAAAUUUCUCAUUGGAAAUUGCUUGAAGAAUGAAAAUAUGGGGAGGGAAUAUUGGUUGGAAAGUUGGAUGUGGG